AUGGAGGCCAAGACGGGGAAUUCCGGCAUGCUGUACCACGAGCUGCAGGUGCGGCAGCUCUGCGGGCUCCAUGCCCUCAACGCGGCGCUGCAGGGGCCGUUCUUCAGCGAGGGGGACCUCCUGGAGAUCGCGGCGGACCUCGACGCCCGCGAGCGGGAGGUGAUGUACCGCGCCGGCGGCGUGGGGGCGGGGGAUUUCCUCGCCGAGGGCCAGGGAUCCCACAACGUCUCCGACAACGGGGACUUCGGCGUUGAGGUUUUGAAGAGGGCACUAGAGGUAUGGGACCUCCAAUUUAUCCCCAUGUAUUCCCAAGCUGCAGCGGGAUCCCAAUCCAAGCCUGAACUGGAAACUGCCUUCAUCUGCCACUUCCAGAAUCACUGGUUCUGCAUUAGGAACGUGGAUGGGGAGUGGUACAACUUCGAUAGUCUGUAUCCGGCCCCUGAGUACCUCUCUCAGUUUUUCCUCUCAGAUUACCUUGACAACAUGAGGGGUCCUGGCUCAAACAUCUAUGUGGUAAGGGGCACUUUCCCCAGGGACUGCCCUUCUGAUAACAACGAUUUUGGCCAGUGGCUGCGUCCUGAGGAAGCCAAGAUCAUUACACAUUCACGCUUCAAGGCUCAGCAGAAACAACAGAGCAACACUGCUAUAGUGAUGGCCUCGAGGAGGUAUCUCACAGUGGGGGUAGCCGCUGGCUUGAGGGGCCUUGAAGUUCCAGGCACCAAGACUGAAGUACCUCGUCAGCAACCUUACGAAGAAAAGGACAUGACUAUGAUGCAAGAGGAGGGUGAUGACGACCUGAAGGCGGCAAUAGCUAUUAGCUUGAUGCCAUUUGAAGCUCCAGCGACCAGUUCUCAACCAGCCGAAGAAGAGAGAAAUUUGAAAGAUGCGCUCAGCAAGGACACCACCAUGGAGGAACCUGGCUCCAGCAACUCUGAAGGGCCAGUUGAAGAAGGUUGUUAG